AUGUCCGUACGGUCCCGCUGGAUGGAGCGGGUGCACAUGGGGCCCAAUCGGUCUCGAGGGGUAGCGGCUCAGCAGGGAGACGAGCGAGGCCAUACACAACCCUUUGCCCGUCUGCUGAAGGUGCCGCAGGUCCAUCCGAUAAGAGGUGAAGCUGAAGGAGCCGAGAUAGCCGGUACGAGGCCGUACGUCAGCACGAGCCUCCACGUCCGUGUUGUCUGGCGGCGGCCGUCCGUCCACUUCACGGGGCGGUCUUGGGAGCAGCUGAAGAGAGAGGAGCCUUCUAGAGAGACAGGGUGUAAAGCAGAGUUGAACAGAACAGAGGCCAGAGGAGCAGAGCAAGAAGAUGCAGAGCCCUGGGCCCAGGAGGCUGUAGGCACCGGAGGGGAGGUGAUGCAGGUGAGUCCCGUUGAGCAAGGGGUUCUACCACCUUCUAACAGACAGUCCAAGGCUUCAGGAACCGUGCGGGUAAGAGGUGACUGUGGAGGAGAGGUAGGUAGGAGCUACCCCAGGAAAGCCAUCCUUUCAGGCAGUAUCUCAGUGUGUCCAUUUGCCUUUGGCUUUUUUACUUUGCACAGAAUGUGUGCAGCCUCAGAAGGCUGGAGCCACCUGCCAAUUAGGUUUGAUAGCCUUCAGCUGUCCUUGUACGGCACACGGUGACGGCAGCAGCCUCUGACCGGGGUCGGAGCCAGUGGCCCG